GAUGGAAUUAGAUGAUUAUGUCAUUAUAAAAAAAAAUAAUUUUGAUGCAAAGCCUCAGGGUUCUACCCUAUCUGCCUUAUAUUUUAAUCUAAUCUUUAAAAAAUUGGGGAAUCUUACCGUUCAAUGGUUACGAUUUAGCAUAAUUCAAUAAUUAAUUUGACAUAUGGUAUUUUCUCUUAUGUUCGAAUCUAAUUUCAUUCAUUCUCAUUAUGGACAUCUCUGCUAACAAUUCUAAAAUAUAUAUAUUACCUAAACAACCUGCUGAUUUUAUAGUACAAGAAUUAGAGCGUCCUCGUUUUUUAAUUGUUUCUUUAUAUGAAUUAUUGAUAUGGGAUAAAUUUUAUUACCCAUUUAUUUUGAUUACCUUAGUUACCUUCUUAUUUUUCAUUGUUUGGGUUGCAGAUUUGUCUAUUUUGACAUUAUCAUCCAUUAUGCUUAUAUUAGUUGUGAUCAUUGAUGCUUUAUCUCCAUUAAUAACAGAAAAUAUUUAUUCAGGUCAAAAAUGGGAUAAAUCAAAACAAAAUAAGCUUAUGAAUUUUUCAAUGGGCAUAAUAACAAUGUGGAAUUUUUUUCAAUCAUAUUACGAAUUUCUAUUAAUAUUAAGAAAUAAGUCCUCUAUAUUGUUUUUAUCCUUCCUGACAAUCAAAUUCAUAUUUGCAUUAUGGAUAGGAAAUUUUAACAACUUUAUUUUGUUAUAUAUCAAGUGUUGUUUUUUCAUUUUAUUACCCGGGAUAAGGCAAAAUGAUUUGAUUAACAAAGUAUUAUUCAAUUUCCAAAAAAUGAAGACCGCAUGAUUCAUAGAUCAUAAAUAAUAAAUUUCUUAUACGGAAUAGUUUAAACCCAGUAAAUCUCAAACUCAACUUUAAGCAAUGAACGCAUAAUAAAUAUUGUCUUCCAAUAUUUUUUUCAUGUUUGACAU